AUGGCCGCUUCUCUGGAGAAGACGCUCCCCAAGCCCAAGAUCGAGCUGUACAGCGGGAAAUACUUUGCCGCCUGCGGACUCGGCGGGAUCAUUGCCUGCGGGCCCACCCACACAGCCGUCACGCCCCUGGAUCUCGUCAAGUGCCGGCGGCAAGUCGACCCCAAGCUCUACACGUCGAACUUGCAGGCGUGGUCGAAGAUCUACCGCGGCGAGGGCCUCCGCGGGGUCUUCUUCGGCUGGUCGCCAACCUUUGUCGGCUACUGUUUCCAGGGCGGUGGCAAGUACGGCUUCUAUGAAGUGUUCAAGUACCUGUAUGGCGAGAAGGCCUUCCCCAAUGCGAACAAGACGGUGGUUUUCCUAGGCGCGAGUGCGACGGCCGAGUUUAUUGCCGAUAUGGCCUUGUGUCCGUUUGAGGCUAUCAAGGUGCGCAUGCAGACGACGAUGCCGCCGUUUGCGAAUUCGUUGAGGGAAGGAUUGAGGAAGGUCGUUGCUGAAGAGGGAUAUGCUGGGCUCUACAAAGGCCUCUACCCCCUCUGGGGUCGUCAAAUCCCAUACACGAUGUGUAAAUUCGCAACCUUCGAAACGACCGUCAACAAGAUCUACGAGUACCUCGGCAAGCCCAAAUCCGCAUACAACGGGCUCCAGCAGACCGGAGUCUCGUUCCUGGGUGGUUACAUUGCCGGUAUUGCCUGCGCCGUCAUCUCCCACCCCGCCGAUGUCAUGGUCUCGAAACUGAACUCGGAUCGCAAACCCGGCGAGGGCGCCGGGAAGGCCAUGGGCCGCAUCUACCAGAACAUCGGCUUCGGCGGGCUCUGGAACGGAUUGCCAGUACGAAUAGCGAUGAUCGGAACACUUACCGCCUUCCAAUGGCUCCUCUAUGAUUCAUUCAAAGUCACGCUCGGCUUACCAACGACGGGAGGACAUUAA